AUGUCACUGUCAAAUUCUCUUGAUAAUAAGAACCCCGAGUUGGUUCAUGUUGGAAGAGGUAAUGAAGAGACUACUGAUUUCUAUAAAGAUGAAAAACAAGAUUUCUAUGAAUCAGGGGAUUAUAGUGAUUCUAAUGGAUCCACUCCUGCCCUUGCUGAUUUUACUAGAGAUGACGUUGAUGCCAUUGUCCCCACUGAAGACUUUGAUGCUCCUGCUUCCACUUUGAGAAUGUGGGUUCUUGUUAUUGUUUUAAGUACCGUUAUUGGUGGGGUUGAUGCUUUCUUUAAUAUGAGAUUUCCAACCAUCCAUAUUGCUGCUCUUGUUGCUCAAGUUGUUGCCUUCCCCUUAGGGGAAUUAUGGUAUUGGAUUGUCCCUUCUUGGAAUGUUCCUUUACCCUUUGGUUGUGGUUUCAAUUUAAACCCAGGUCCUUUUAAUCAAAAAGAACAUGCUUUGGUCUUCGUGGUGGUUAACGUUGUGGUUAGUGCUGGUUUAGUUAAUAAUGCUGUUGUUGAACAAUUUAAAUUUUUCGAUAGAGAUAUUGGUAUUGGUAAAAUGAUUAUGGCUCAUGUAUCUUGUUUCAUUCUUUCUUAUGCUCUCUCCGGUUUAACUUAUGAUAUUUUAGUUACUCCUCCUGAUUGUGUUUGGCCAGGUAUCUUGGGUAAUUGUGCUUUAUUACAAACUUUCCAUUCUAGAGAAAAUAAACCUGCUGGUGGUUGGACAAUUUCUAGAUUUAAAUUUUUAGCCAUUGUGUUCACAGUUGCCUUCGUUUGGUACUGGUUCCCAGAUUUUAUUGCUCCAUUCUUAAGUACUAUUGGUGCCUGGAUUAGUUGGUGUAAACCUUCAAGUGCUGCCCUUUCUCAAGUUUUCGGGGUUCAAACUGGUUUAGGUUUGUUUCCUUUAACUUUUGAUUGGUCCCAAGUUACUUCUCUUAGUAAUCCAUUAACUACCCCAUUCUGGGCUGUUUGUUGUGUUUUUGGUUCUUUUGUUUUUUGGAUUUGGAUUGUAAUGCCUGGUCUUUACUAUCAAAAUCAUUGGCAAACUGCUCAUCUCCCAAUUAUGACUUCUUCCGUUUUUGAUGUUAAAGGUAAACCUUAUAAUGCAAGUAAAGUUGUUAAUCAAGAUUGGGAUUUAGUAACUUCUAAAUUUAAUGAUUAUUCUCCAGUUAUGUUACCAAUUGCAUUUUUAAUGAAUGUUGCUUUAGGUUUGGCUUCAUUCACUGCCAUGAUGGUCACUUUCUUCUUAAGAAUUAAACCUGAUGUUAUUGAUCCUUUAAGACUGAAAAAAACUGAUGUUCAUAAUGUUGCUCUUAGUAAGUAUAAAAAUUUCCACUGGAGUUAUUACGUUGCCUGGUUUAUUAUUGGGCUUGCUAUUGGGUUUGGUUUUAGUGGUGCUUAUAGUACUAAUAUCGAUGCUGGUGCAUUUAUUGUAUCUAUUAUAAUUGCAGUUGCUUUAUAUAUGCCAUUGAUUUUCAUUGAAUCUAGAAGUAGUAUUGAAGUUAGUCUUCAACCAUUUUUUGAAAUUAUUGGUGCUUUUUGGUUUAAAAAUCCAUUAAAAUUAUUUUGGUUUUAUACUUUUGGAUUUAGUGUUCUUCAACAUGGUAUGCAUACUUCAAUGUCUGCUAAAUUAGCUCAUUAUAAUAAAGUACCUCCAAAAGUUACCAUGACAUGUUUACUUUUUGCUGCUAUUUGGGGUGGUGUUCUUAAUCCAGCAGUUACUGGUUAUAUUUUAUACCAUUUUGAAGGUGUUUGUAGUGCUGAUGCAACCAAUCAUUUGGUUUGUCGUAAACAAAAGACUCAAUUCAAUUCUCAAUUAGUAUGGGGGCUUUUCGGAGAUCAUAUUUUCACUCCAGGUGGUAGAUACUCUUGGGUUUUAUGGUUCUUUUUAGUUGGUGCUGUUGUUUCAUUAGCCAUUGGAUUAAUUCAAAUGUGGAAACCAAAUAGUUUCUGGAAAAGAGUUAAUCCAACUUUAUUAUUUGCAGGUGCUGCUAAUAUUCCUUCAGUCACUGGUUAUAAUGUUUCUACAUGGGCUGUAUGUGCAGCUAUAAUGAAUUUUUGGGUUCAUCGUACACGUCAUGCCUGGUGGAAGAAAUAUAAUCUUGUUUUAGCUGUUGGAUUAGAUACUGGAUUAGCCAUUGCGGUUAUUUUGAUUUACUUUUCAAUUUUCUAUACUGGUGCUAGUGAUAAUUUUACUUGGUGGGGUACUACUGUAUCAAAGAGUGGUUGUGAUGCUAAUGGAUGUCCACAUUUGACUGGAUCAAUGACUACACCACUGGGUUGGUGA